UGCCGCGCGGCACCAUGGAACUUGUAGUUCCUUCACCCAUUCCCCCAACGCUCGUCUGACUUUAAGAAACUUCCUUUCCCGGCGUGCACCGCGAAUCCCUCCUCCUCUUCUUUACCUCUCUCCCUCCUCCUCAGGUUCUCUAUCGACGAGUCUGGUAGCUGAGCGUUGGGCUGUAGGUCGCUGUGCUGUGUGAUCCCCCAGAGCCAUGCCCGAGAUAGUGGAUACCUGUUCGUUGGCCUCUCCGGCUUCCGUCUGCCGGACCAAGCACCUGCACCUGCGCUGCAGCGUCGACUUUACUCGCCGGACGCUGACCGGGACUGCUGCUCUCACGGUCCAGUCUCAGGAGGACAAUCUGCGCAGCCUGGUUUUGGAUACAAAGGACCUUACAAUAGAAAAAGUAGUGAUCAAUGGACAAGAAGUCAAAUAUGCUCUUGGAGAGAGACAAAGUUACAAGGGAUCGCCAAUGGAAAUCUCUCUUCCUAUCGCUUUGAGCAAAAAUCAAGAAAUUGUUAUAGAAAUUUCUUUUGAGACCUCUCCAAAAUCUUCUGCUCUCCAGUGGCUCACUCCUGAACAGACUUCUGGGAAGGAACACCCAUAUCUCUUUAGUCAGUGCCAGGCCAUCCACUGCAGAGCAAUCCUUCCUUGUCAGGACACUCCUUCUGUGAAAUUAACCUAUACUGCAGAGGUGUCUGUCCCUAAAGAACUGGUGGCACUUAUGAGUGCUAUUCGUGAUGGAGAAACACCUGACCCAGAAGACCCAAGCAGGAAAAUAUACAAAUUCAUCCAAAAAGUUCCAAUACCCUGCUACCUGAUUGCUUUAGUUGUUGGAGCUUUAGAAAGCAGGCAAAUUGGCCCAAGAACUUUGGUGUGGUCUGAGAAAGAGCAGGUGGAAAAGUCUGCUUAUGAGUUUUCUGAGACUGAAUCUAUGCUUAAAAUAGCAGAAGAUCUGGGAGGACCGUAUGUAUGGGGACAGUAUGACCUAUUGGUCCUGCCACCAUCCUUCCCUUAUGGUGGCAUGGAGAAUCCUUGCCUUACUUUUGUAACUCCUACUCUACUGGCAGGCGACAAGUCACUCUCCAAUGUCAUUGCACAUGAAAUAUCUCAUAGCUGGACGGGGAAUCUAGUGACCAACAAAACUUGGGAUCACUUUUGGUUAAAUGAGGGACAUACUGUGUACUUGGAACGCCACAUUUGCGGACGAUUGUUUGGUGAAAAGUUCAGACAUUUUAAUGCUCUGGGAGGAUGGGGAGAACUACAGAAUUCGGUAAAGACAUUUGGGGAGACACAUCCUUUCACCAAACUUGUGGUUGAUCUGACAGAUAUAGACCCUGAUGUAGCUUAUUCUUCAGUUCCCUAUGAGAAGGGCUUUGCUUUACUUUUUUACCUUGAACAACUGCUUGGAGGACCAGAGAUUUUCCUAGGAUUCUUAAAAGCUUAUGUUGAGAAGUUUUCCUAUAAGAGCAUAACUACUGAUGACUGGAAGGAUUUCCUGUAUUCCUAUUUUAAAGAUAAGGUUGAUGUUCUCAAUCAAGUUGAUUGGAAUGCCUGGCUCUACUCUCCUGGACUGCCUCCCAUAAAGCCCAAUUAUGAUAUGACUCUGACAAAUGCUUGUAUUGCCUUAAGUCAAAGAUGGAUUACUGCCAAAGAAGAUGAUUUAAAUUCAUUCAAUGCCACAGACCUGAAAGAUCUCUCUUCUCAUCAAUUGAAUGAGUUUUUAGCACAGACGCUCCAGAGGAUGGCUGCGGCUCUGCAUUCAAUCCAAGUGGGAGGACGCAAUUCCUUUGGCGCUAAAGAUGGCAACUGAACAAGGAAGAAUGAAGUUUACCCGGCCCUUAUUCAAGGAUCUUGCUGCCUUUGACAAAUCCCAUGAUCAAGCUGUCCGAACCUACCAAGAGCACAAAGCAAGCAUGCAUCCCGUGACUGCAAUGCUGGUGGGGAAAGACUUAAAAGUGGAUUAAAGACCUGCGUAUUGAUGAUUUUAGAGAUUUCUCUUUUUUAAAUGGAAUUCGUAAAGAAAUAUAAAACUUCAGCUCACAAUUAAAACUGUCUUUUUGGUUUUGGCUUUUUAUUGUUUUGUUGGUGAUUUUACUAAAAUAAAGUUGAGCUACUUCUUCUUA